AGAUUGGAACUUAUUUUUGGCAAGUUUUCGAUCCUGAUUGGUUUUUUUAUUAAAUCGGUUUCCCGUUUACUUCAAAUGAAUCCAGAUUAUUUUUUCACAUCUCUUAAAAUAUUUCAUAAUUUUUUAGAUAAAACAACUGGUCGCGAGUAUUUAUUAUGCGAUCUCCAUGGACUAAUACUUAUGAUCCUCCUUUAGAAGAUGGAAUUAUGCCUUCAGACAAAUUGCGAAAACUUGAAAUUGAAGUUAAUGCUGCGUUUGAGGCUUACAGAGACAUGUAUUUUGAGGGAGGCGUUUCUAGUGUUUAUUUUUGGGAUAUUGAUAAUGGAUUUGCUGGUGUUGUUUUGUUAAAAAAGGAGACUGAUGGUGCUAUAAAUGCGAAAGAGGAUGUUAAAGGUUGUUGGGACUCUAUUCAUGUUGUGGAAUGUAACGAGAGAAAGGUUAUUUUUUAUUUAGAAAUAUGGAUUUGCGAGGGGCGAAGGAAUUUUUUGAAUUGUUUAAUUUAUGGGUACUACUGA